UGGCGGGCCAGGCGCGGCCAUUGUUGCUCCGUCCUUCUUUCCCAACGAAGGAAGGAAGCCCAGCCGCCCGGAGAAAAGCCGAGGAGGGGAGAAAGGCGGCUCGCUGGGGAUGGAGGGGGAGAGCACGACGGCGUUGCUGCCGGGCUUCCUCUUCGGCUCCCUCGCUUUCCGCCACCUCAGCACCGACUCGGAUUCGGAAGGUUUUCUUCUUGGAGAUGUGAAAGGUGAAGCCAAAAACAGCAUUACCGACUCUCAGAUGGAUGAUGUUGAGGUUGUGUAUACAAUUGAUAUACAAAAGCAUAUUCCAUGUUAUCAACUCUUCAGCUUUUACAAUGCAGCUGGAGAACUGAAUAAACCAAUGUUGAAGAAAAUAUUAUCAGGAUGCAAAAAGAACGUGAUAGGUUGGUACAAGCUCAGGCGUAAUACUGACCAGACAAUGACCUUCAGAGAACAGCUUCUUCACCAGCACUUACAGUCACACUUAUCAAAUCCGGAUCUUGUGUUCCUGUUACUCACUUCCAACGUAACCUCCUCAAGUUCAUCCACUUACAAAUUUGAAUAUGCCUUGCAUAAGCCACAAGAGGGGCUUUUUCAGAAAGUGCCAGUCGUCGUAGCCAAUCUAGGAAUGGCAGAACAACAAGGUUAUCGAACUAUACCUGGUUCCUGUAUCUCUUCAGGCUUUUGUAAAGUGAUGGCAGAACACAGGUCAGAAUUCUUUAAUGAAGAUGGGUCUCUAAAAGAGGUUCAUAAGAUUAACGAAAUGUAUUCUUCUUUGCAGACAGAAUUAAAGAAUCUGUGCAAUAAAGUAGCGGAUAGUGAAAAAUCAGUAGAGAAUCUAUUAUCACAAAUAGAUCAGCUGAGACAAGAAGUAAGAAGCAAAAAAGAACAAGAGAAAACUACAGGAAAGGAUAGAAAUCACUCAGAUGAGCCCAAAGAGAAUAUUUUUCUCUGUCAAGCUUUGCAGCACUUCUUCCCAAAUUCUGGGCUGCAGACAAACACAGUUACAUUUAAAGGAAGGCAGAUUUCUAAGCAGGGAUGCACUGCUGAUCACAAUAUCCAAAUCAUGGACCAAUUAACUUUAAUGAUCAAAGAAAAUAAUUUCCCUGAAACGGAAACUAGGCAAGCAUCAAAGCGAAAAGCCAUUGUGAACGCAAGUGGGCCAAAGGCAUGCAAAAGACUGCGCUCUUUCCACCUUAAUCAGAAACUAUUUCAAGAAGACCAGGAAAACAGUGACCAAGAAUUAAAUGUUAAGAGUAACAACAACGCAACUGAAGAUGUGACACCUUGAUGGGCACAUACUAUCUUCCAACUCUUUAAU